AUGGAAAUGUCCGAGCCCCGCUUGCCUGCGGCUAGUGCUACCGUAGAUGACGAGUCCGGUGACAUGUCUAAUCCUUUCAGUCUGCUUGACGACCAUGCCGAGGGUCGUGCAUUGUCCGAGGGAUCACCUGACGUGUCCGAUUGGGAUUCGUGGCUUCUUGAGCAAUACAGUAAAGAUCAUGUGUCGAGCGACCACACACACGAGCCUAGCGAGGCAUGUGCUGAACCUGAGACUCAGAGCAACCCAGACAGGGAGCCAGCUGCCGGUGACCGGGUCGUCCAGGUUCCUAGUCUUUCGUCACAGGCUGCGCCGUCAGGUGAGCCGUACAAUCGUGCAGGGUAUGAGUGCAUUUUGCAAUCCUCAUUCCAGUCCCUAGAACAACAGGUGCCGAAAUUCUUUUGGCAGGAAGGUUUCUGGGCAGAUGUCUUCGGCCCUAAAGCUCCGCUUGUGAAAGUGCCUUCUUUUCAUCGCUUCGAACAGCCAGCAGGAACGAUUGCUCCGCAGGACUCAGUGCCGGGGUCAAGUGGAUCCAAGAGAGCCCGUAGGCUUGCACCUUGCAUCUUCGAAAAGGUAGUUGUCAACAUGCGUGUAAUCUCUUGGAGGGACCAGCGCGAAGCAGACCUCAUUCGUGCGUUGUCAAAGUGGUGCCUGGUGUUUGAAGCCUGGGACGUAUCACGAACCAAUGUUGCAGAUCAACUCUUGAAGUGCGAAUCAACAGAUGCCUGUCAUGAGCUUUUGUCGGAUUACUUGGCAAAGAAGGCCCCGAGCACCUGCUUAAAGAGGGCGAACAGCAUGCUACGCCUUAACAAGUACGUUGCCAGCGAAGGGUUCCAGAUGCCCACUUCAGAGCCAGACCUUUACCAGCUGCUGCGGAGAGGCAAGUCGGGUGGCGCAUCGCUCUCGGAACUUCAAAGCAUAAUGGAAGCUGUUACCUUCGUACGGUUUGUGUUUGACGUAGAAUGUCUUCAGAGCUGUGCACGCAGCAAGCGUUGUUGGGGCCUCUCAACUGCAAAGAAAGCAUCUCUUGUGUCUAGGGCCGACCCGAUGAGAGUAGCAGACCUUGUCGAAUUACAUCGUGUCUUGUCGGACGAGGAAGGUUCGCUUUGGGACCGACUGAUGGCCGGCUCAGCACUUUAUUGCGUCUACGCGAGAUGCAGAUGGUCCGACGCGCAGCACAUUGACAUGUUGGUGUUAGAAGCGGGUGAGACACUGUUCACUGAAUUCGGCUCCGCUGUAAUUGACAUACAUAAAACGAUGCACUUUGCCUCGAGAGCCCCUCGGUCGAUGGAGCUCGUCGCAGUUGGGAGAGGGCUCGACGGGUCCGAUUGGCUAGCAACAUUCGUAUCUGUCAGGAAGCUCCUCGGGUGCUCGUACGAGGACGGCUUCCCGACUAUGCCGGCUCCGAACAAGCAGGGACUCCCUACCGUUCGAGCCCUUAGUUCUUCGGAGGCGGGAGCAUGGUUGCGCGAGCUUCUUCCUUCUCGUGAAGGAAUGAGAACAACAUCACACAGCUUGAAAUCUUCGUUGCUGUCAUUCGCUGCAAAGCGCGGCAUACCUCACCUAGAUCGGCUUGCACUAGGAGGUCACAGUCAUAGUGCUCGGAUGUCGGAUGUCUACGCCAGGGAUGCACUGGCUAGGCCUUUGAGGCUUCUGGCAGGGAUGAUUUCCGAGAUACGGGGCGGAUCGUUCGUCCCCGAUGCUGGUCGUGCCGCUCGCUUCCCAGGACGGACCAACGAGGCAGACCUGUGUGCUGAGGUUCCCGAGGAGUCUCAGGUGCCCCCUUUUGGGGCGGUGCAAGGUCAGCGAUCCGAGUGCUCACCCUCGGUUACAAGCGGUGGACAUUCGCCCCUCCUUAGUGUGCAAAGCAAGUUCUUGACCUCCCCAACAGCGGGUGAGGGCCUGCCGGAGUCGCCGUACAUGUUUGAGGGUGCCGUUGAAACCGAGCCACAGUUCUCAGUCGGAGAGCCUGCGACUCCAGUGAAAUCUGAAGGUGUAGGCGAGGCGUUCGUAACUGACAGUCCAAUCAGCGUUCAGUCCAGUUUGCCACCAUCGGAGGAGAGUGCUGGGCAUUCAGCUUGCGCUAGCAUUGAUGAGGUCGACCCCGAUGAUGGCACAUCCGCAGCUGGUGACACUUCGUCAGAAGAAUCUUCCGAAGAGUCGUCUGAUGAUUCCAGCUCGGUGGCGAGGCCGGUUCCUCGCCUUCUGCAUCCUCCUGCACCACCUGCGGGGACAUACUUUGUGCAACACUCGAAGCUUAAGACCCUGCACUUGCUGUUAGAUGGACACAGGGCUUUCACGUUGUGCGGAAGGUCCCUCCAACAGGAGCAGAAUCCGUUUGGGCCACCUGGCUCCCUUCGUUAUGACACACCAGUUUGCAAACAAUGCCGACGUGCCACUGCAAACCUGCUAGAUUAG